AUGGUGCAAGGCGUGAUCAUCGAAGCGGACCACAUCGUAGACACCAACCCAGCAGACGGCAGCGUCAUUGCCCGGGUGCCGAUCAGCACGCCCGCAGUGGUCGACGAGGCGCUGCAGGCAGCAAAGGCGGCACAGCCAUCGUGGGAGCAGACGCCGCUCUCUGAGCGGUGCGAGCGGAUCGCGGCCGCCGUCGCCUCCAUCGCCGAGCUGUGUGUGCGCGAGAUGGGGAAGAUCCUCUCCGAGGCGACGGAGGAGGUCGAGGGCGCGGCUGACAAGGACGAGUUUGUGCGGCACGUACGCGCCGCCAACGAAUGCGUGGUGGCGGUCUGCGCUCCUUGGAACUUCCCAGUCGACGAGAUUCUGCUGCUGGCCAUUCCAGCGCUCGCCGCCGGGAACGCGGUCGUCGUCAAGCCGUCCGAGGUGGCGCCUCUCUCGGGCCAGGCGGCCGUGGAGGCGCUGCAGGCGGGCCUCCCCUCCGGGCUGGUGGGGCUUGUGCAGGGCGACGGAGCUGUGGGGCAGCGGCUGGUCGAGUCGCCGCUGGUGGACAUGGUUGCGAUGACGGGCUCGUCCGCAACGGGCAAGCGCAUCAUGUCGGCCUGCGCGGGCGGGCUGAAGCGGCUCGAGGCGACCGCCGUCGCCCUCGCAAACGACUCCGAGUACGGCCUCUCCGCGUGCGUCUACACGGGCUCGGCGGCAAAGGGCGCUCGCGUCGCCGCGCGCAUCAAGACGGGCCAGGUCGGCAUCAACAACUGGCCGCUGAUCAACGCCGCCGCGCAAUGCCCGUGGGCGGGGCAGAAGGGCUCCGGCUUCGGCUACCACAGCGGCGAGGACGGGUGGCGGCAGUUCUCGUCGCCAAAGUCACUCGUGUACGCGACGGCCGAGGAGGCGGAGGCCGUCUUCAGGGAGCUGGUCAAGUAG